GCAGAAAAAUAUUAGUUGCUGCUCUUUUACGUCAAGUUCGUGACCACAAAACGAUACAGUGCAUACACCCGGAAUCAGUCUGGAACUCUAGAUUCUAGAAGACGUACCCAAAUAGCUCGUUUUGUGGAACUGAGUCAAAGCUUUAAGAAUAAGUUCACUGUUCUUCUUGCGCGAACGUGACGACUUUCAACGAAGCAAUCAUCGAGCGGUUAAGGAACUUGUUAUCGUCACCUUUCUGCUGCAAAUCGUCUCGGCAGGAAGUUGACGAAUUGGCCACUCUUACAGCGAUUGCGACACAAACGUCUUCAAUUCUUCCCACCAUCACCAAGCGAAUUAUCUCCGGAGAUCUUGGAAUCAAACUAAUGGCGACUCAUCGUCCAGUGUUCGGAUACUGGCGACUGCGAGGGUUGGGACAGUCCAUUAAACUUCUGCUUGCUCAUGCUGGGGUGGAUUAUCAGCUAAAGGAAUAUCCGCUGGACUGGGAAGAAUGGAGUGCUGACAAAUACGGACUCAAACUGGACUUUCCAAAUCUGCCAUUUUAUAUUGACGACCAAGAGGGAGUUCGGCUGACCCAGAGUCUAACAAUCUUGCGCUUUCUGGGCCGCAAACACGGAUUGAUGCCCAAGAUUGAGAAAGAAAUUCAACGCGCUGAACUUUGCGAACAGCAAAUGGAAGAUUUACGCAAAGCCAUCGUGGAACUCGUAUACAAAGACUGGGUU